AUGAGACCGAGCCCGGCCGGCCGCGAGAGAGAUCUCACGUAUCGACACGUAAUGGCGACGGCGGCGGAGGGACGUCUCCGGCGAAGGAACAAGUCCAAGAAGAAAAGGGAAGAGGCCAGGGAGACGACCGUGCUCGACCUCCCCGACCACCUCUUCGAGCGCGUCCUCCUCGUCCUCGGCCCUUCCCCAUCCCUCGUCCGCGCCGCGGCAACGUGCAGGCGGUGGUGCCGCGUCGUCGCGGACGCCGGCUUCCUCGCGCGUCUGAGUUCGGUCCACGGGCUCACGAUACAUGCUGGGGACUACUGCCUCGAAUUCGGAGACACACCCAAUUACUUCGGCUUCGUCCCCUACUCGUCGGUUGUGCCUCCCGGACGCUUCUCCCUGGACUUCCUUCCGGGCACAGAGCACUCCUGGGCGCUCAAAGAUAGCCGCGGCAGCCUCCUCCUCCUCUCCAGUGGGAUGAGCCGGGACCGGGGCUGUGCCCGUGGCUCCUUUGGUUAUGACCUCCAGCUCGUCGUGUGUGAGCCGCUCACACGGCGCUACCAGGGGAUCCUUUGGCCUUCGGACGUGGCUGACUAUUAUCAAGAAGUACACCUAAUCGACAUCGAGGACGAGGCCGGAAAUCGCCGAGGCAACAUGUCCAACUUCAGGAUCCUAGCCAAGGUCAACGAUAAUCUGGCCUGCGUGUUCUCCUCCGGCAGUGAUGGCGGCUGGCGUCUAAAGCGCACCCAGGCCACCAGCACCGGUACAAAACCAUGGUUGGAUAAUUUGGUGGGGCGUGUCAACGGAUUUAUGUACUGGGGAAUCCAAGGAAGCGCCGCCGUACUUGCCCUUGAGGAGGCUACUCUGGAAUACUCCCUUGUCAAGUUCCCGGAGAACAUAUGGGGGUUGUACAAUGAAGAUGACCGUACCUCUUGGGUCGUCGCCGGUGAGGACGGUGUCUUGUGCAUCGUCUGUCUGAUGAGCAACCAGCUCAAGGUCUUUGCACGAUGGCGCCAUGAAGGAACUGGAGAAGACGAGUGGGUGCUGGAAAAGACCCUGGGGCUGCAGGAGGCGACUGUCGGGUUACCAGGUCGUGAGGAAGGAUUUUUUGAGCAAGGCGCCACCAUUCUCACGGCAAAUUCCAGAUACGUUCUAGUGAGACCAAAGGAGAAGAAGUGGAUGUUCUCCAUCGAGCUUGACACAAUGAGGGUAGAAUGCGAGCACGAUAGAAACAACUAUGAAGGGCCAGCGUACCCGUACGAGUUGCCAUGGCCGCCGGUAUUGCCCGAUGAUCGUGGCAGGGAGAGGAGGUGA